AACGGAAUAGAAGGCCUUGACUGAGCAGAAGAUUGAAAAUUUCUCAUAAAAAAUAAACUUUCAUUAGCAAACGUGGCUGACUCAAGUGCAAUUAAUAAAUAAAUGCGAAAUUGAAAAAAAAAUCCAUUGAAAAUAUAUUAAGAAAUAAUAAGACCCACUUUUCCAGUAUAAAGGCAAAAGAUAUCCAAUAUGUUGAUCUGGACAAGAUUGGCCACGGCCUGUGCCAGAAUUGGAUUUAAGACAAGUCAGCAAGGAGGGUUAAGCCCACAAGGGCAGGCGGCAAACGUGAAACUCUCAUUACAGACGCGCACACUUCAUACUGGGCGCAUGCUCUCCGCGGAUGAAGACGACAAGUGUAAGACCGAUGAGUCCUUCUUUAAGCCUUUGUGUCCCGAGGAUGACAAGAAAGAAGUAGUUGCUGAAAAAGUGAGCGGCGGUGGAGGAAAAGACGAUUCUUGUGAAGAUGAGACUGGUAAAGGCAAGCAGGGCGGAGAAGGAGCAGGAGCAGCUACGGGACAGUUGGUUGGCAAACGCCGCGAGGGCAUUAUCCAUGCCGUAAUUGGGCCCGUCAUUGAUGUUUACUUUCCGGAGGAGGUGCCCGAAGUGCUGAAUGCCAUGGAGAUACAGGAUGCGCCAAUCGGUCGUCUGGUAUUGGAGGUCUUACAUCAUUUGGGCAAUAAUGUGGUCCGCUGCGUCGCUAUGGAUUCUACAGAUGGCUUAAGGCGUGGCCAGAAAGUUUUGGAUACCGGAUUUCCGAUUCGAGUGCCCGUGGGCAAAGUGGUAUUGGGUCGCAUUGUGAACGUGGUGGGUGAUCCAAUAGACGAACGCGGCGAGAUUAAGAGCGAGUUUUACUCUUUCAUACAUAAUGAAGCUCCGGAAUUGAUUGAAUUAAAUGUUAAGCCGGAGAUAUUGGAGACAGGCAUCAAGGUAAUCGAUCUUCUGGCACCCUACGUAAAGGGCGGAAAAAUUGGUCUCUUCGGUGGUGCUGGCGUGGGCAAAACUGUGCUAAUUAUGGAACUAAUCAGUAAUAUUGCUAAAACGCACGGCGGCUAUUCCGUGUUUGUUGGCGCCGGGGAGCGCACACGCGAGGGUAACGAUCUGUAUCACGAAAUGAUCGAGACCAAGGUGAUUUCUCUAGAGGACGACAGCUCGAAGGUGGCGCUCGUCUAUGGCCAGAUGAACGAGCCGCCGGGAGCGCGCAGUCGUGUGGUUUUGACUGGUCUGACCAUUGCCGAAUACUUUCGGGACAUCGAUGGACAGGACGUAUUGCUUUUCAUAGACAACAUCUUUCGAUUCACCCAGGCCGGCUCCGAGGUGUCUGCGCUACUGGGUCGAAUACCCUCCGCCGUUGGGUACCAGCCCACGCUGGCCACCGACAUGGGCAUGAUGCAAGAGCGUAUUACCAGCACCAAAAAUGGCUCGAUUACAUCCGUUCAGGCAGUCUAUGUGCCUGCCGAUGAUUUGAGUGAUCCGGCGCCGGCCGCCACGUUCUCUCACUUGGAUGCAACUACUGUAUUAUCGCGUCCAAUUGCCGAACUGGGCAUUUAUCCGGCUGUGGAUCCGCUUGAUUCAACGUCUCGAGUUCUCGAUCCCGAAAUUGUGGGUGAUGAGCACUAUAAUGUCGCCCGAGCCGUGCAGAAGACAUUGCAGGGCUACAAGUCCCUGCAGGAUAUUAUCGCUAUUCUGGGCAUGGACGAACUCUCUGAGGAGGACAAACUAACUGUGGCACGUGCUCGUAAAAUGCAACGCUUUCUCUCUCAGCCGUUCCAUGUGGCCGAGGUAUUUACUGGUCAUCCAGGCAAGUCGGUGCCCGUAGAGAAAUCAGUGGAUGGUUUUAAGCGUUUGCUAAACGGCGAAUACGAUGACAUACCGGAAAUUGCAUUCUAUAUGGUCGGCGAUAUAGACGAGGUGCUGGCCAAGGCAAAUCAAUUGGCAGCUAGCAUGGCUCCCGAUGGACCUGCCACCCCAUCAGCCAAAGAUGACAAAGGAAAGAAAGACGGGGAAAAGAGUAAGGCGGACGACAAGGAACCCAAAGCAGAAGCUAAAGCGGACGCUAAAGCAGAAGAUAAGGAUUCCAAGGAAAAGAAGCCCGAAAAGGGCAAAGAUGACAAGGACAAGCCCAAAAAUGAGCAACCAAAAUCAGAAGCUAAGGACAAGAAAGCUGAAUCAAAAGACAAGAAACCUGAAUCUAAAGACAAGAAGGAUACACCAAAAGACAAAAAGGAUGAACCAAAAGACAAGAAAAAAUAAAUUUUGUAUUAUGUAUGCACAAUAUAAUUGAAAUAUCCAUUACAUAUAACAUGUAUACCGAAGAGUUAUGUGUAUAAUGUUAAAAAACAUGCGACAAGAAAAAGAUUUUGUCUAAUCCUAUA